GGGUGUCUGAGGCCAUCGCCUUUCGAGCCCCUCUCCCCUGUUUUCCUGAAAAGACCAACUCUUUUGUCCUCGCCAUAGCCAUCCCUUAAACCCAGAGAGAAAGAGAGAGAGAGUAGAGCAGAGGAGAGAGAGAGAGAGAGGGGGUCCAGGCUCCGACAAAAGAAGCCGGCCAUGGCGGCGGGGCGCAAGAAGCAUCAGGGGAGCAGCGGCGCGGCGGCCGCCGCCGCGCCGGAGAAGGAGAGCGGCAAGGGGAAAGGGAAGGAGAAGGAGGUGAGGGAAGCCGUCGGCAAGGAGGCGGCGAAGGAGAAGCAGAAGCAGAAGGGGAAGGAGAAGGAGGUGAGGGAAGGGGGCAAGGAGAAGUCGGCGAAGGAGAAGCAGAAGCAGAAGGGGAAGCAGAAUGAAGUGAGGGAAGACGGCAAGGGGAAGGAGAAGGCAGCGGCGAAGGUGAAGCAGGAGGCGGCGGCGGCGGCCAAGAGCGCUGGCCAGCAGUUCUUCAAGAUCUUCUUCCCCGACCAGUCGCGGGAGCGAUUGAAAAUUCCGACGGCGUUCCACCAACACCUCAAGGAGCAGCCUACUGGACUGGUUUCCCUGAAAGGUCCGAGUGGCAACACAUGGCAGGCAGUACUUACUUCAGACUCCGAAGGGUUGUUCUUUGAGCAGGGGUGGAAGGAAUUUGUUACGGAUCACUCUGUCAAGCAAGGUCACUUCUUGGUCUUCACAUAUGAUGGACUCUCACGAUUCUCCGUGACAGUGUUUGGUUCAUUUGGUGUCGUGGACCCACCAUCUUUGGUUGCGAAGCGUACUAACAAUGUAGUGAUUAAGAUUGAAGAUGAUGAAGAAGAGGUCCAUGUGGACAUGGAUGCAGGUGGCACCUCUGAGACAUCAAUUCUCCCCCCAGAGGAGGGUAAUGGAAUAACAGGAAAGAGGACUAGAGAAGUGAAUGAUAUCGUAGCAGAUGGCAAUGCAUCAAAGAGGCAUUCUAGUGUUCCAAAGCAAGCUGAGAAAAAGAGUCCUGAAGCUAUUGUUCGUACUUCUAAGGAUGCAUCAACAAUUGUCAACACUGAGAAAGAUACCCCAUUCAGUAUAUUAAACGAAUCUACGGCUUUCAACAAGACUCACGUCAGAGACAAGAAUAUGCCUAAGCUUGGUAAAUUCAUUGUGAGGAGGGCCAGGCAACCAGUAGUAAUAUCGCAAAGGCGUCCAGUUACUGAAGAAGAGAAGGGCCUUGCUCUUAGAAGGGCAAAGGAAUUUAAAUCAAAGAAUCCUUUUGCCGUGCAAACAAUGAUGGAAUCUUAUGUCUAUGUGGGAUUUUUCAUGAACAUCACAUGCGAAUUUGUCAGAGAGUCACUUCCCCGGAUAAGCAAGAAGAUGACACUCUGGGAUCCCCUAGGAAAGCCUUGGCAAGUUAACUAUGUUUACUACAGCGACCGCUCUGUCGCCUCUUUCAGUGGUGGCUGGGGUAAAUUUGCUCUAGGAAACAAUCUGGAGAAGUUUGAUGUAUGUGUCUUCGAGCUUUUCAAGGAGGACAACAUAAAAGUGCACAUCUAUCGGGUUGUCCCGGAGAUAACUCCGCUCCUCCGUGCCAGCAGCAGAGACUAGGGUUUCCUUCGCAUAUCGGAGAGCGUGAUCCAUUGACCUGCGGCUAGAGAAUGAGAGGACUGGUAACUAUUCACAUGCUGGAGAAUGCUUCUGUGCUCCUUCAAGAGGGAGAGCACUCAUAAUUCACUGAAACAAACAAGUGACAAUAAACAGAAGUUAUGUGCUCAUGUUCUGACUGGAAUGAUGUUGUGCCGGUCAAAUAAUGCCGUUGCGAACAUAUAUAUAUAUAUAUAUAUAACAGUAUGUUAUAGGAAUUUGCUGUGCA